UUAACAGUCUGGCCACACUCAGAUAUGAGUAGGAAAACUGUAAAAAGUGCAAAAUAAAAUCAAACAAAAAAAUCACUCCCACCGUAUCAACCGGCAUUUUCUUUUGCGAAGAAAAAAAAAUUGGAAUAUUCUUAAAUAAAGAGAUAGACUCUUAAAAAAUAAUAAUUUAACUUUCUAAGUGAUAGCAGAUCUCAUUAAAACAUAAGAAAAAUGUCUGUUUGGAUGCCAUUGGAAUCGAAUCCCGAUGUAUUAACCAAAUACAUACACAAAUUGGGUGUAUCCAAUGAAUGGGCCUUAACUGAUGUUGUAGGCUUGGAGCCUGAAAUGUUGGAAUGGAUACCUAAGCCAGUUAAAUCGAUUAUUUUGUUAUUCCCCUGUUCGGAAACGUAUGAAAAACAUCGUGCCGAAGAACAUGAACGUUUGUCUGGCGAAGCUCAGGAUAAUCCUAAAGAAUUGUUUUAUAUGCGUCAACUGACCCAUAAUGCCUGUGGUACUGUGGCUUUAAUUCAUAGCAUUGCCAAUAACAAAGACAUUACUUUGAAGGAUGGUGCUUUAAAGAAAUUUUUAGAAACCGCAAAAGAUCUAUCGCCUGAAGAGCGUGGCAAGUCUUUGGAAAAUGAUGCCGCUAUGACGGAAGAUCAUCAGGCUUUGGCUCAGGAAGGUCAAACUGCUGCCAAUCCCGAUGAAAAAGUCUAUCAUCAUUUCAUUGCAUUAGUCAAUGUCAAUGGUACUCUUUAUGAAUUGGACGGACGCAAAUCGUUCCCCAUUAAACAUGGUGAAACUACCGAUGAAUCCUUUGUACAAGAUGCUGCACGUGUUUGCAAAGAAUUUAUGGCUCGUGAUCCAGAAGAGUUACGUUUUACUGUCAUGGCAUUGGCUGCCAAUCAAAACUAAAGUGGAUUUUCAUUGUAACUACAAAAAUCCCCAUUAUUAUUAGUGUUGCUUUAAUGCAUUUUUUAUAACUUUUUUUAUAUGUUUAUAUGUAUAUAGAGAUUUUGAUAAUCUCUUUAAAACAAACGCUUAAAUGCCUUUUUAUGCUUUAAUUAAACUUUUUUUGGUCUGAAUUUAAAUGUAUUCUUUUUUUUUAAAUAAACAAUAAAAUUUAA